AUGAGUAAGAUGGAAGAGUUCUUGAAUUGGUGUCGCCAUAGGGAUUUCAAAAUAGAAGGCGUAGAAGUUAGAAGCUCAGGAGAAGGAGCAGGUAAUGGCAUUUUCGCGGCUAGAUCUUACAGGCGAGAUGAGAGAGUGAUUCGCAUGAACGACAUGUACUUAAUCACAGCAGGAAUGGUAGCGGAUACGCCGUUUUAUGCCAUCAUUUUGGAAGCUGCAGAUAUAAAAUUGAACCCCUUCGAAGUACUAACCCUGUUUUUCUGCAUGGAGAAAUCGCCGAAAUCUGAAUGGACUCCUUAUCUGGAUGUACUACCUCAGGUCUUCGGAACGCCUGCCUUCCAAGAAAAGGAGUAUGAUCCCAAUGAUAUGCCUUUGUCGAUUAGAAGCUUUUAUGAUACUCAACUGAAAGAUAUUAGAUCUAACUUCCGAAACAUUACGACAGUGGUGCCUAGCAUCGAUUUCAGAACUUUCAUUUGGGCUUGGCAUAUUGUUAACACGAGAUGUAUAUACGUUGACAAUAGGCAUCAUUAUCGAAUCGAUUGUACGGAUGGAGACAAUCUUGCAGUCAUACCUUUUGUAGACAUGUUCAAUCAUGAACCUGUGGAACAAUGUGUCGCUUUACAUUUCAAAGCUUGUAAAACUUACGAAGUAUUAGCUGCUCGUUGUAUUCAACCCGGAGAGGAGCUCCACGUUACGUAUGGUCCACACGACAAUCUCCGCUUGUACAUCGAAUAUGGUUUUGUAAUAGAUAACAAUAUGAAUGGGAAAGUAAUCAUACCCAAAGAUUUAUUCCUAGUCCUGGCUCACAAUGCGGGAAUUGAAAUUCAUGAUAAACUAGAAAGGGUUAUUUAUGAAGCAGACGUGCCAACAACACUUUAUAAAAGCGAUGAAGGUGCAGGAUACUCUUUCCGUACGAACAUUCGGAUCCUUCUGCUGAAUAAAAAAGAAUUAGACAAAUGGCAAGAGAUAGUAUACAGAGAACAUUCUCAAGACAGUGAUGAGGAUGAACUUGACGAUUCUCUGAUUAGGGAAAACGAAAUAAUAGAAAAAAUGAUGAUGGAGCUCCUACCCAGUAUCGAACAAAAGAGAGAGAAGGCGCACCCCGAAAUCCAAUGGAUGUGGGAUGAUCAAAUAUUAAUUGUCCAAAAGGUAUUGGAGACCGUCCAAUCAGAAGAAAAUUCAAAUUGA